AUGGCGCAGCAGGCGGCGGAGCAGGAGCAGGAGGAGGUGAUCAUCGUGGGGGCGGGCCCGUCGGGCCUGGCGGCGGCGGCGUGCCUGUCGCUGCGCGGGGUGCGCAGCCUCGUCCUGGAGCGCGACGGCUGCGUGGGGUCGCUGUGGCGGAACCGCACCUACGACCGCGUCCGCCUCCACCUCGCCAAGCAGCACUGCGCGCUGCCGCACUUGCCGCACGACGCCGCGGCGCCCACCUACCUCCCGCGCGACGACUUCGUGCGCUACCUCGACGGCUACGCGGCUCGGUUCGGCGUCCGCACCCGACUCGGCCGCGAGGUCCGGGAGGCGCGCUUCGACGAGGCGCGCGGGGAGUGGGUCGUCGAGGCGCUCGACCGCGCCACGGGGAAGGUCGAGCGCUACGCGGCGAAGCACCUGGUGGCCGCCGCCGGGGAGAACGAUGAGAAGGUGGUGCCGGAGGUGCCCGGACUCGACGGGUUCCCCGGGAAGGUGCUGCACGCGUGCGAGUACCGCACGGGGAAAGGGAUGGAGGGGAAGGCCGUGCUCGUCGUCGGAUCAGGGAACUCCGGGAUGGAGAUCGCCUACGACCUCGCCGUCGCCGGGGCAGCCACCUCCAUCAUCGUCCGCAGUGAGCUUCACCUGGUGACCAAGGAGAUCUGGAACGUGGCGAUGACGCUGUACAUGUACCUCCCGUUGUGGCUGAUCGACCGGAUCGUGCUGCUCAUGUGCCACCUAGUGUUCGGGGACACCUCCCGCUACGGCCUCAGGCGCCCGGCCAUUGGGCCUUUCACCAUGAAGAUUACCACCCCUGCCUACCCCGUCGUCGACGUCGGCACCUACGCCAAGAUCAGGACCGGCGAGAUCCAGGUCCUGCCGGAGAUGAGGAGCGUGCAAGGCAACGUCGUGGAGUUCACCGACGGCAAGCGGCGCCCGUUCGACGCCAUCGUCUUCGCCACCGGCUACCGGAGCACAACCAAGCAGUGGCUCAAGAGCGACGAUGAGCUGAUCGGCGAGGACGGGAUGGCGCGGCGGAGCUUCCCGGGACACUGGAAGGGGAAGAACGGCCUCUACUGCGCGGGGAUGGUGAGGAGGGGCCUCUACGGGAGCUGCGAGGACGCCGAGUUCAUCGCCGAGGACAUCAGUAGCAAGAAGAAGCAGCAGACCCAACCUGAUAACGGCCAUGAGAAGAGCAAUUGAUUAAUUGGUUGCUCUUCUAGAGCGGCAGAUCCAUCCAUGCACGCGCC